AUGAAGCAGCUAAGACGGUCUUUCGCCGCAGCAAGCAAGGCUGUCUCAACUGCAAGUUCCGCAAAGUCAAAUGGUAUCCACUCAUCUGCAAUGACCCAUACUAACAAGCGCAGUGACGAAUUGAAACCUAUAUGCGGGUCUUGCUCACGCAUGCAUCUUAGCUGUGGAGGAUGGUCAACGACCCUCAGCAAGAGUGAGUAUGCAAAGCAAAAGACAGCCUUCCUCGAACUUCUUAAAGCCGGGUGUGCGCAUCGCGAUGCACGACCACCCACUAUCAGACGCAAACGGAAAGCAGCAGUCAUGGAGCAAGGUGAGGCAUCGGGUCAACAGCAACAAGGAUUGCUGGCUGGUCAAGAAAACGGAUCUGCCUUGGUGCCGUCGCAGAACUUGACUAUGAUGGAUGAUAUGCUGGCCAGUACGCCUCGUCACCCCUUGCAUGACUCGUCGCAGCAAGGCGACAGGCUGGGUCUACCGAAUCUACUCGACACAACAACACCAGCAUUCCCAAGAACGGCGCAAGUUGUUGCAGACUUCCAGUCACGCCUCGAUGCUGCACUCGCAAUUCAAGGCCAACAAACACAAUCUGCCUCAACGCUCGGCACGCAAACUCAGCCAGCGCAUGAUGAUCCAGCCACUACGAAUCUAUUCGAGAUGGAUCCACGCACUGCAGCGACUCUACAAAUGGCACAACAGCAAGCAGCCAUUGCGCAAGCACAAGCGACUUUGUCGUAUAGUGAUCCUGCUACUGCUUCAUCGACGCCGCUGGAUGCACAAGGUGCAGUGUUGGCGACAAGUCGUGAUCAAGUGCCCUAUGUACCGAGCAUCACCCUCUCCCUAUCCAAUGGUGCAUGGUGGACAGUCGCAAGGAAAUGGACAAGGUUCCAAAGCACGCAUGCCUCCUAA